GGUAGUCGUGCAUAUACGUGCAUAUGUGGCGUCCGCCCAUGGCGGCUGUGUAAGGCUACCUCACGAUAAUAAACGGACGUCGGCCACCUCAAACAUGUCUCGAUCUUCGCCGCAUACGUGACAAUGGAGUCUCUCGCCGCCCUCGGGCUUGCAGCCAAUAUUCUCCAAGUCGUCGACUUUACCGCCAACCUGCUCUCAACUGGCAAAGAGAUUUAUCAAAGAGGCUCGACCGUACAAAAUUCAGAACUAGAGGUGGUGGUUAAGGAUCUCACGUCUUUGAAUGACCCGCUGAAAUCAUGGGCUCGUCCUAAUCCGGACGCUUUAGGUCCGCUCGCCAGAGAAAGUCAGGGACUAGAAGAUCUCGCCCUUGAAAGUGAGAAGAUUGCCCAAGAGUUGAUCAGCAUGCUUUCUGCUGUUCGAUUAAACGGAGAGGCUUCGAAAUACAGAAGCUUCCUCCAAGCCGUUUUGACGGCUUGGAACAGGACCAAAAUCGACGAAACCACCAAGCGUCUUGAGACGAUCCGUGCAGAGCUACAAUUCCGGAUCUUAGUUUGCAUGAAGGAAGAAAACAUUCAGGCUCUGGAUGACGCGACUCGAAAGGUCAUAGAGUCUGUGUUGAACAGCAAAGCAGAUUUGGCUGCUUCUCUAGAAGUGCACACGAACGAACUCCUUAGGCAGCAGAAAAUCAGCGAGGCUUCAGCGUCGAAACGUCACGAGCAGCUCCUGGACAUGGUUUCAGGAAUGAGGAUCGCAGAUAUCAGUCCCCAAGAUGUUCUGAGAGAGAUAAGAGCGAAGCUCAACUACGAAAAGAAAGACGACCGUUUUGAUGACAUAGCUGAGGCGCACCGAAAUACGUUUGACUGGAUCCUCCAGGAAGAUAGCUUUAAGCAUACAUCCUGGCCGGACCUGGGGAAGUGGCUCCAAAAGGACACCGGCAUCUACUGGAUCAGCGGCAAAGCAGGGUCUGGAAAAUCGACCUUGAUGAAAUUUUUACAGGAGGAUAUGCGGUUGAAAGAAGCGCUCAAGCUAUGGGCCGGAGACUCUACUCUGCUGGUUGUCAGUUUCUACUUCUGGAACGCAGGCACAGAUCUUCAAAAGUCUCAAGAAGGCCUUUUCCGAUCACUUCUCUUCCAAGCGUUGGAACAAGAACCAUCGCUUGGGCCAGUCCUGUUCCCUGAACAAUACGAAUUCGGUGCGAAGUGGACUAAUUUUCCCACGUUCCAUGGAUUACGACGCGGUUUUGAACGACUGACUAAUCGGCUGGACGGAUCGUUCAAAGUUGCCAUGCUCAUUGACGGACUAGAUGAGUUUGACGCGACGCAUGUUACCAUAGCCGAGUUGGCGGAAAUUUUCAUGGCAGCCACCCAGUCACCCCAUUGGAAAACUUUAGUGUCAAGCAGACCGCUUCCUGCGUUUGAGGCUGCCUUCGCAGGCCAACCCAAACUGCGACUUCACGAGCUUACGCACAAGGAUAUCACUGCAUACGUCGAUGACAAACUGAGCGGACACCCUAGGAUCACCGAAUUGGCCAUAGACGAUAGCGCUGGUACGAAAGCCUUGAUAGCGGAGAUUGUCAAUUCUGCUUCUGGCGUUUUCCUAUGGGUCAAGCUCGUUGUCCGCACCCUUCUAGAAGGCCUGCAAAACUACGAUAACCUCGACGACCUACAUAGGCGCCUUAUGGUCCUGCCUCGCGACCUCGAAAAACUUUUCCGGCACAUGCUGCGCAACAUCCCGACUGAGUAUAAAGCGCAGUCAUCUCGCAUGUUCCAGAUUUUACGCUGUAACGACCUCCAUUCGACCAUCUAUGAGUUGUCGCGCUCUUCCCACUCCGGACUCUCCCCCAUCUUGCAUCAGUCCACUUCUCUCACUGCUCUCGGCCUCUUCUUCACAGAGCUUGAGAUAGACGCCGUUCUCCAAGCCGACAUUGCUCCACUUGCUACUGCAGACAGGCGAAGAAGACAAACGGAAGUAGAAGGCCGCCUCAGAAGUCGCUGCGCCGGUCUACUGGAGCUUCGAUCGCGCAAAGAAGGCCGGGGGCGUACCUUGGAUGGCGACUUCGAAGUCGUCUAUCUCCACAAGACGGUGGCAGAAUUCUUAGAGAGAGACGAUGUGUGGAGUGAGAUUGAGGGAUUCACGAAAGGGAAAGGUUUUGAUCCUCACGUGUCUCUGCUGCAAUCUCUAGUCAUGAGGAUUAAGUGCAUAGAAGUCGAUCCACCAAGGCCGCAUUACGAACAUUUCAGCGAGCAGCCUCUCCACGAUUUGUGGCGCCUUGUCAGCACUGCCAUGGAUUUUGCACGCUUCGCAGAGACAUCUACUGGGACUGCAGCCCGAAAAUUGUUAGACGAGCUAGAUAAAGCCAUGUCAAGUCAUUUCCGGUUAGUGCAAUCAACAUCUGCGGAACCUAUUUGGCGGAGCGACCGUUUAACAAGCUGGUGCGACACCUACGAGGAAGACUAUAACCGGCCCGUUCCGUGGCACGACAACUUCCUAGCCUUCACUGUGAGGCAUGGUUUGACACUGUACGUCCAGAGCAAAAUACGUCAGCUCGGCAAAGGGUGCAUUCAGAAGGAGGGCAGGCCCUUGCUCGAUUAUGCCUGCAGACCCGAACCUAGUUAUGGAGGCUGGAGCGAAACUAUACGACCAGAUAUCGUCGCAACCUUGCUCCAGAAUGGCGCGGAUCCGAACCAAAAGUUCAAUUGUUUCAGCCCAUGGCAAAACGCGCUGUAUACGCCUACAAGAGAUCCGGUACGCUGGGUUACUGUGCUUAAACUUCUCGUCUUGCACGGAGCGGAUCCAAAUGCCUUCAUUCAGGGCAGAGAAAAGUUGAGCAAGAGAUCGUAUCGCAAAUACCGGAAAAGCAGUCUGUGGCUUCUUCGAGACCAUUUCGACAGUCUGCUUAAAGAAGAUGAGAAGCUCGACGCUCCAGUCGAGGAGUUGAAGAUGGAAGUAAUCGGACUGAUUCGGCUUUUGGAAGAGCGGGGCGCAAAGAGUGAGGAAUGGCACGAGAUCAACGGCGUGUUCAAGAAAGUUUCGCCAUCGGGACAGUCAACCAGCGGAGGCUCAGACCCUGCUUCAACUCAAGCGAUGAAGAGUUCGUCAACCGUCAAGAUCGAUAUCAUAAAGCGAGCACGGAGACUUCUCAGGCGAGUUUUCAAGAGGUCUGCUUGAGCUUCGAAAUGUGCUCCGUCAUGACCAUUUUCCCUCCCUUCAGAUCGGCAAGGCUAUCCUCCUCUAUCCCACAUCUAGCGUCGAAACAUAUCUGUCACGUCCAAACUUGAGGUCAUCCGUCCAUGUCCCUCCGACAUCUCAGUAAUAUCCACCUUCGAAUCCUGGCAUCCAUGAGAAUUGUCCCCCGAUACAUCAUCGAGACUCACGCUGAGAAUUGAGGCCCGGGGACACGUUCUCCGUCCCCCCACUGAUGACUGACACGCAAAAAUAGCUAGGCAAGGGAGUCGUUUUGAGCAUCGUGGCGAAAUUAGAUUAGAGGGGACGCGCGGGGAAUUGCAGUCUACGAUAUCGCGCAUCGUAGGGACGCAGUUUCUGGACCAAAAUGGCGUAGAGGGGAAGGCUGAAGAUGGGCGUUCAAUCAUCCAGUCGACUGGCUGCCCAAGCGAAGCGCGGGGCUUC